AAUUAAGGGGUAGAAAAGUAACCGUUGAAGACUAAUUUCUUCGUUGGGGGAAUUUGUUGUUAAUGUCCUUUAAAUCCGUUUUUAACAAAAAGUCAAGUUGACAAGAAUAUGAUUAUAAAACCGUUCUGCUAAUACUUCAAAAAAAGUACUGUGUUUAUAAUUGAUAAGAUCAAUUUUCUUUGGUCAUUAUAACAGUACCAUAACUUCCACCCCAUUUUUACAGUUUGGCUGAAGUGCAAUUUACUUACACUGAAUGGUGUGGACUUCUCGGAAAUUAGUUCUCGUGUAACAAAGUAAAUGUGAUAAGAACCUUUAAGAAUAGUGCACUACCUAAAAUUAAACUUUAAAGGUACCCAAACUGAUAGUUGAUUCAUCUAUAAGGAAAAACCAGCAUUUUUGCCUUAACAGUGUCAAAAACUUACAGAAUCCUGAUCCAGGUAUUUUUACAACAUGAUUGAUCCUAGUUCAAGUGAAGAGGAAGGCGAAGAUGACCCAAUCGCUAACUCAUCUUCAAAAGGACGUCUUACACAACCGGCUAAAGGUGUAGGUGCUGCUUCUAUACCUGGUGGUUCUUCAGGUUCCGGUAUUGGAGCAAAUAUUCCUGUAUCUGGCUCUAAUGGUGACUUGGCCAUAAAUAACAGACAACUAAAUACUAGUUCUGUCGGUUAUCGAAAUGAAACAGGAAACACAAACUUAACGGCAGGAGUUGGAGUUUCAUCUACCAGAAAUGAGCAAUUACAUGGUAGCAAAGUUGAUGGAGGGAAUCUUGAGGUGCCUAACAAUGGUAUUACUAGUGGUAUUUCACAAGAAACUUUAAGUCAAAGUAUCGGAUCAUCAAGAGCUAACUCACUGCCACGACCAUUGUCACCAUCACCAUCAAUAACGAGCGAAAAGCCUGAAACUGGAGAUCCGCACGACAAACAUGAACGCGAAGAAGAAGAGCGCAAACGGCGGAUACAGCUGUAUGUAUUUAUAUCGCGCUGUAUUUCAUACCCGUUUAACGCAAAACAGCCGACGGACAUGACUAAGCGGCAAACAAAAAUAACAAAACAACAAUUAGAAAUUAUAACUCAGCGAUUCCAGGCGUUUCUUAAAGGUGAAACACAAAUUAUGGCUGAUGAAGCAUUUCAAAAUGCUGUGCAGAGCUAUCAUGACGUGUUUCUUAAAUCAGAGCGAGUUUUAAAAAUGGUCCAAUCUGGAGCAUCCUCACAACAUGAUUUUCGUGAAGUUUUCCGCAAUAAUAUAGAAAAACGCGUCAGAUCUUUACCAGAAAUCGAUGGGCUUAGUAAGGAAACCGUGUUAACUUCUUGGAUGGCUAAAUUCGAUAUCAUAUUAAAAGGGUCUGGAGAAGAGGAUUCCAAGCGACCGUCUCGAAUGCAGCAAUCACUAAACAGCGAGCUAAUUCUUUCUAAAGAGCAAUUAUAUGAUAUGUUUCAACAAAUAUUAUUAGUUAAAAAAUUUGAGCACCAAAUUUUGUAUAACGCCUUGAUGCUGGACUCCGCUGAUGAGCAAGCAGCAGCCAUAAGGCGAGAAUUAGACGGAAGAAUGCAACGCGUAGGAGAAAUGGAAAAGAAUCGCAAACUUAUGCCUAAAUUUGUACUCAAAGAAAUGGAGUCUCUUUACGUUGAGGAGCUUAAGUCAUCAAUAAAUCUUCUAAUGGCAAAUCUUGAAUCUCUUCCAGUAUCAAAAGGAAACAUGGAUAGUAAAUAUGGACUUCAAAAACUAAAACGUUAUAAUCACAGUACACCGUCAUUUUUAAAAUUGAUACUGCGAUCCCACGGAUCAUUGUCUAAGCUAGAAGGGGACUCGGAGGACAGCUCCACUCAACUGACAAAGUUAGAUGUUGUACUUACGUUUCAAUUGGAAGUGAUUGUUAUGGAGGUAAAAGGGCUCAAAUCUCUAGCUCCAAAUCGAAUUGUUUACUGCACAAUGGAAGUGGAAAAUGGCGAAAAGCUUCAAACGGAUCAGGCGGAGGCAUCAAAACCAAUGUGGGACACACAAGGCGAUUUUACAACCACUCAUCCUUUACCCAUUGUCAAGGUUAAACUAUACACAGAGAAUCCGGGAAUGCUGGCGCUAGAAGAUAAGGAGCUAGGCAAAGUAACGCUUAAACCUACUCCACUUUCUUCUAAAUCACCUGAGUGGCAUAGAAUGAUAAUUCCGAAAAACCUUCCAGACCAAGAUAUUCGUAUUAAAAUAGCUUGCCGACUUGAUAAACCCUUAAAUAUGAAACAUUGUGGGCAUCUUUAUGCGAUCGGGAAAUCGGUCUGGAAAAAGUGGAAAAGACGCUAUUUUGUCUUAGUUCAAGUAUCCCAAUACACAUUUGCCAUGUGUAGUUAUAAGGAGAAAAAAUCGGAACCGUCAGAGAUGAUGCAGCUUGAUGGAUACACUGUGGAUUACAUAGAAGCAGCUAGUGCGAAUCUGAUGUUUGGAAUUGAUUUAAACGGAGGCCGUUAUUUUUUUAACGCAGUUCGCGAAGGUGAUAGUAUUUCCUUCGCUUGCGAUGAUGAGAACGAAUGCAGUCUAUGGGUCAUGGCCAUGUAUAGGGCGACCGGACAGUCUCAUAAACCAACUCCCCCAAUUACGCAAGACAAAAAUUCAGCGUUGUCGAAGAUUCAAGGUGAUGCAGACAAAGCUCGGAAACAUGGAAUGGAGGAUUUCAUAAGCACCGACCCUUGUACUUUUGACCAUGCUUCACUUUUUAAAACAUUACAAAACCUAACCUUGGAGUACAGGCUCAAUGAUCCAUACGCUUCUCUGGGCUGGUUUAGUCCCGGACAAGUCUUUGUGCUGGACGAGUACUGCGCACGUUACGGUGUAAGAGGAUGUUACCGUCAUCUAUGUUAUCUUUCUGAUUUAUUGGACCGUGCUGAAAAGCAACACAUGAUCGACCCUACUUUAAUUCACUAUUCAUUUGCGUUUUGCGCCAGCCAUGUUCACGGAAAUAGACCGGAUGGAGUGGGUAGCAUAACUCAUGAAGAGAAAGAAAAAUUUUCUGAAAUAAAGGAACGUCUUCGUCAGUUGCUGGAAUUUCAAAUAACUAACUUUAGAUACUGCUUUCCUUUUGGUCGUCCAGAAGGUGCACUUAAAGCAACAUUAUCUUUACUUGAAAGAGUUCUAAUGAAAGACAUUGUUACUCCGGUACCACCAGAAGAAGUUCGUCAAAUGAUCAAAAAAAGCUUAGAGACUGCAGCACUUGUAAAUUACACUCGUCUCUCCAGUAAGGCUAAAAUUGAAGAAGAUUUGCGAGGAGAAGUUAUUGUUCCGGCUCCAAAAAAGUUAGAGGACUUAAUACACUUAGCAGAACUUUGUGUUGAUUUGUUGCAGCAAAAUGAAGAACAUUAUGGAGAACUGCUUAAAAUGGAUAAAGAAAAAUUGCGUAACGAAGAUGGUGCUGUAGCAGGAAGCCGCAAUGAAAGCGAUGUUGAUUUUACCGCCAAUGCUGGACUCAUUAACACAUCCGAACUGGCUAGUGCAGCAUCAGCUGAUGGAUCCUCAUUUCGUUACUGUAUGCCGACACAUGCAGUAUAUACCUCCCCAGUACCGACGGCUUUUGCAUGGUUCAGCGACUUGCUGGUUGAACACGCGGAGAUAUUUUGGUCUCUCUUUGCAGUUGAUAUGGAUAGAGUUUUAUCAGAACAGGCUCCAGACACUUGGGAUUCUUUCCCAUUAUUUCAAAUUUUAAAUGAUUAUUUAAGAGCUGAUGAUAAUUUGCGCAAUGGACGCUUUCAUCAGCACCUUCGCGACACUUUUGCACCAUUAGUAGUGCGGUAUGUAGAUCUAAUGGAAUCUUCAAUAGCACAGUCUAUUCAUAAGGGAUUUGAAAAAGAGCGCUGGGAAAGUAAAGGGAUUAACGCUGCUUUGAACCCUGCAGCACUAAACAAUGCUGCCCAGGCGCUCAAUACAGCAGCUCUCAACCCAUCAAUGCUUCUCGGCGGCAAAAAAGAUCAAGUAAAUUUUUAUGUGCCGAAGUUACCAAAGCAAUCAAAUUCAACUGCGGCGAGCGACGAUAUGAGAAACGGGUGUGCCACCUCCGAAGAUUUAUUUUGGAAAUUAGAUGCUCUACAGUCUUUCAUAAGAGACCUACACUGGCCAGAUGCAGAGUUUCGACAACACCUAGAACAGCGUCUAAAAAUGAUGGCCGUUGAUAUGAUCGAGCAGUGUAUACAAAGAACGGAUUCGUCUUUUCAGUCAUGGUUAAAAAAAAACAUUGCGUUCAUAUCUACUGACUAUAUUUUACCUUCCGAAAUGUGCGCUAUGGUCAAUGUGAUAUUAGAUGCUAAAAAUCAAAGCUUUAAAUUAACUACUAUUGACGGCAUUGAUUUGUAUAAAUUUCAUGCGAAAAUUGAUGACCAAAUUGAUAAAGCGAAUGUAGCUAUGACACAAGGUCUAAGCGGAAAACUUAUGUCAGUGCUAGAGUCGACUUUGUCAAAAUUGGCACGAUACGAUGAAGGAAGCCUAAUCGGCUCGAUUCUUAGCUUUACUAAUGUUUCGAGCUCAGGAAAAGACCUUGGACAAGGAUACGUUAAUUUCUUUAGAAACAAUAUGGAUCAAAUUCGCGGAAAGAUUGGCGACGAUUUAUGGACCUUAAAUUUUUUUGAACAGUGGUACUCGCAGCAGAUCAAUAUGCUGUGUAACUGGCUGUCAGAACGGUUGGAUCACGCUUUGCACUAUGCUCAAGUUUCAUCAAUUUCCCUAAUUAUAAAGAAAAUCUAUUCAGACUUUGAACUGCAAGGUAUAUUGGAAGACAAGUUAAAUUCUAAAGCAUAUCAGGCAGUCGCACAGCGUAUGGCAACGGAGGAAGCAACAUGUGCUUUAACAAUGCCUGAUGUUAGUGAAGAUGAACCCUGUGAUGAGAUUCGAGAAGGAGACGAGGAAGACACCGGAGACGAAUCUACCUCUAAUAUACCAAGGGGGUUACCAAAAACAAAAGUGGCAGCUGCUCAAGCUGCAGCUGUUACAAAUGUGGUUGCCGGUCGCGUUGGAAAUUUACUAGGAAAGGGCAUUGGCGGACUUAGUUCAAAGCUAGGAAGUGGAAGUUGGUUUUAGUCGUUAAACAAGCUUUUUGUUCUGUAAGGGAAUAAUUUACUUAAUUAAUAAUAUUUAUGAUUCAGCUAGUUCAAUUAAUGUAUUAAAUCACACAAUAAUUUGAGAUAAAAAUACACGGCUUUCAAAAGAAUAUUAUAAAUUUAUAAUUAAGUUAAGGGUAAUUAAAACAAUAAUUAUUUAACUGAAUUGCAUUUUUGUAUUCUUCAAAGGGAACUUAUAAAGCUAUUUUCUUAUUUGCUAUUUUGCCGUUCUAUUUAAAAAGAGUUAAUUACUUUUCCUAUUCAAAAAUAUGUAACGUAAUAAAUAUUAACUUAAUCGAAACAAACUAUAAACAAAAGGGCUUAUCUGUUAAUUUUUAAUGGAUAUAUCGAUACGAAUGAUUUUUGCAAGUUAUUACUGAAAUCUGAGCUCUUGUUUCAUACUUGAUCUAACUUCAGAGGAAUUACCUCUACGACAUGUAUUCUGCCAUAUUUAUUGGCUUUUCACCUGACUAAAAUAAAGACCAUGUUAAACGUUCGAAUAUCAGCUACAAUUUUGUUUUACCUAUGCAUGCGGCAUAAAAUUAUGAUACGAUAGAUAAAUAUAUAUUGCUAUAGUGAAUUUGUUAUAUUCUCUACUUACUACACCCUAAUAAUUCUAAGAGUAACAUUUACCUUAUAUUCAGAAAAUUACAUCGCUGAGUUUCUACCUGUUAAUAGACAAAAUAAUAAAAUAUAAAACACUUUCUUUUACAUAA